AUGGACCAGCAAGGCUUCACGUUUCCCGCUCAGAUUAGCAUUCGCCCGCUUUCGAUGGGCCAAAUGCUUCGAGCACCCCAGCGAGAUCGACACGAGCCGUCCAGAACGUUCCCACCAUCCGCAUGCGAUGAGGACAUCCGAGUAAAGACCGUGAGAUCAUCGCCAGCAUACAGCAGUACAUACAUGUAUCAGCAUAGACGUCAAACAGCACCAUAUCCAAGGAGCACACCAUCGCCAUCAAUUGAGACUCGACAGUCUGGGAGCUACGCUCACACACGAACUUCGCCUCGGGAGAACUAUUCGCAUAUCGAUGACAGGUAGGAUACUUAGAUCACAGACGGCUGGCGUUCCCUCAUCCUGCCAAUGCGACUCACUGUGCCAUGAGCCAUACCUAACAUCCUUUGAUAGGGACGACUUCACCUCGACACCCUCGAGACCUUCAAGUACACUGAACACCGGAAAAGCUUCAUACAACAUCAUCAAGCCAUUGGGCGAACCUUCGGAUAUCAACGCGGGCACAUACCUUAUAGAAGAUCGCCUGACCGAAGACCUCUUCGUCGAGAAGCGUCUACCUCUGACCACACCAUUCGCACGCGAACGCGCCACAGCCGAAAGAAACGCCCUCUUCCAAAUCGAUGGUGCUGGAAAUUCAAACAACAACAUCAUCAAGAUCUACGAUUCCUUCUACGACGGUAUGGCCGACUACAGCAGCCUCGUCCUCGAACACUGCGACUACGGCACGCUCCAAGACUUCAUCGACCGGUAUAUCCGCGAACGCAAGCAGUGUCCCGAGGCUUUCGCCUGGCGCGUACUCGAGUCUAUCUCCGCCGCACUCUGUAUAUGUCAUCACGGUAUCCGCGAUCCUGCAGUCCCCAUGUCCCGUCUGCCAGAGUGGAACACUCUCUGCCACCUCGACAUACGACCCGAGAACAUCUUCCUCACUUCCUCACAUCAGCAAGGCUUCUAUCCGCGUAUCGUCCUCGGUAACUUCGCCUGCGUAGCCACGCCGGAGAGCUGCGACUCGGGGCUCGCAGAGAUCGUCGUCGUGCAUCAGAGUGGCGAUUCCAGAUGGCUUCCGCCAGAGAUAACGCCUUCUUCAAGUCCUAGACCGGUCCAAGGAAGAAGUACCGACAUUUGGUAA